AUGCAGCCAGCCUGUCAGGAGGCGGGCGGCCGAUGCCCCGGAGAUGAUCGCAUCCGCGAGGUCCUGGCCAAGGUGAACUUGGCUUACCUUCACCAGCGCUAUGGUCUGGAUGCGCCCAUUGACUUUGACGCCGUCCUCUCUGGAGGCGAAAGGCAGCGGCUGGGCUUCGCACGGCUGCUGCUGCAGGAACAUCUGAGGUUUGCAAUCCUGGACGAGGCAACCUCCGCCUUGGACAGGUCAAACCAGUCGGUCAUGUACGAGAACCUGCAACGGCAUGUGCAGGGUUUCGUGUCCAUCGGGCACUCCCCUAGCUUGGAAGCAUUCCACACAAAGAAGCUGGUGCUGGAGAGGUCCUCUGAAGGCGCAUCGGGGUGGCGGUUGGAGUCGCUCCACCAUCCCACCUGA